UUCUUCUUACAGAUAUCUUCUUGUGCGAUAAAGAGGGACGAUGAUUUCAUAUUGAAAGCGUGGGGUUGGUACAUCUUUGUCGAUGGAAAUGAAUCAUCAACCCAGGCCUCCGAUAGCCUUCAGGUCUCCUGGUCGCCAUGGAUACGCUGUGGAGUUCUCUCCGUAUCUACCGCAGCGCCUUGCCGUGGCAACAGCCCAACACUAUGGCAUAGCAGGAACAGGCACCCUCUUCCUGAUCGACAUCACACCCGCUGGUGCGGUGCUUCUCGCGACCUUUGACUGGAGAGAAGGUCUGUUUGACCUGACCUGGUCCGAGAGCAAUGAGAGGCUUAUUAUGACCGGGAGCGGAGACGGUUCCAUCCACCUCUGGGACACCAACUGUCCAACUGACCCAAUCAAAACAUUCAAGGAACACAGCCGAGAGGUCUAUAGCGUGAACUGGAACCAGACCCGAGAACAGGACUUUGUCCUAUCCGCCUCCUGGGACAAGACCAUCAAGCUGUGGGACACGAACCGGGACCAUUCCCUCCAGACCUUCGUAGGCCACAGACACAACGUCUACUGUGCCGUCUGGUCCCCACUUGUACCUGGCUGCUUCGCAUCAUCUUCAGGUGAUGGCUCUCUGUGCGUGUGGGAUGUUCGGAGGUCUGAGAAGCCAAGGUUCCUCAUACCCGUCAGCAAGGCGGAUGUGAUAUCAUGUGACUGGUGUAAAUACGAUCAGAAUAUCCUAGUUGCUGGUUCAGUGGAUUGUAAGAUCAGGGGAUGGGACCUUCGCAAUCCAACCAAAAUACUCUUUCAACUGGGCGGACACACACAUGCAGUACGAAGGAUAAAGUGUUCGCCUCACAGUAAGACUGUGCUAGCAUCCUCGUCAUAUGACUUCACGGUACGAACGUGGGACUUUGCCAGGCAGUCGACUCCCCUUGAGACCAUCGAGCAUCAUUCUGAGUUUGUUUGUGGACUAGAUUUCAAUAUGCAUGUACCAGGACAGCUGGCUGACUGUGCCUGGGAUGAGAGGACAGUGGUGUCUACUCCUAAAUCUCUAGCUGCUUUGAACACAUGAUGAAGGUGUAUCCCUGGCGUAUCCUUGGCUUAACACCAAUUCAUCUUUGGUUAGCACCGAAAGCCACAUGAUUCAGUCAUUCUAGUUAAUGAUUUCUGACAAUGUGUUAAUUCGAAGACCAAGAAUAAUGCAAGCGAAAUCAGAAAAAAUGGCGUCUUCUUGGCUAACACCUCCCACCUCUUGUGGUCCUCAAUGAUUUAUCCCAAGGUGUUUGGUGCUAAUGACAAGACAUGCUAUGUUAGUAUACUGGCUUGAUGUUGGCUUAACACCACGCAUCUCUUGUGCUGUAGUGUUCAAUGAUUUAUUGCACGAUGUUUGUAGCGAGGUGUCAGUAUUGGCACCAAGACAAGUUGUACCAGUAAGCUGACCUGUUCUUGGCUAACACCAUACACCUGGCAUGUUCCUCAAUGAUUUAUUGCAAGGUGUUUGGUGCUAGAUGUUGAUAUUAAUGCCAAGUUAUUAAAGCUUUGACAGCAAACCGGAUGGUUGUUGGCAUAGUACCUUGCACUUCUUGUUCUAUAAUGUUCAGUUAUUUAUUGCAAGGUCUUGGUAUUCACAUUAAGAGCAACUUUUUGCAUAUCAUUAUCUUGGUGUAUCCUCUGCUUAACACCAAUUGCAAUACAAUUAGAAUAUUCAGUGAAUUGAAUAGUGUGCUAGAUAACGGGUGUUUGCAUGAUGUACUUAAUAGCAAUAAAACCAAUUUUGCUAGCUAAUUGGUCAAUCAUUGACCUGAUGCUAUUUACACCUUGGACCCGUUUCACAAAGCCUUUUUUUCAAUGACAAAUGACAAAAAUCUGUGACAAAUCUGCUGGUAACCAAUCAGAAGCAAGGAUUUCCCUAGCUUAUAACAAAACCUGUCAUUUGUCACUGAUGACCAGUUUUGUGAAAUGGGGCCCUACCCAGGUCCACUUGUGCUAGUAGAAUGUGUGACUGAUGCUCAGCAUGUUAGAUAUUUUUUAUUUAUUCCAGGGGGGCGUUUCACAAAACUUGUCAUCAGUGAAAACUGACAGUUUUGUUAUAAGCUACUGAAAUCCUUGCUUCUGA